AACGGGAGAGAAGAAGGAGAAGAAGAGCAACGAGGAGGGAACGUCGUCCCUUUCUUCGUCGUGAUUUUCGCUCGUCGGAGCGCCCUCUGGAUGCCCUAAUACGAACCACUCUUAUUCGUUCGGCGACAGCUCCUCUCUUCACCCUUUUCUCAAGAUUUUCUUAUUUUCAUCUCUCAACGCCGAUAAUAUAUAAAUAUAAAAGUAGCCCGGAUUAUUUUAUAACGGAUAUGAAUUGUCUGCGCAGGUUUCGGACGCUGUGGAAUCUCUGGCGAAGAGGACUGAUGGCCCGAAGAGUGCUCGAUUCGCCGGCGAGUCUGCUCUCGUAGAUCUUCAACGAAGUAGCCACGCAUCGUUCUAAGAAUAUCUCUGAAUUCGCCUCCAGGACUCUACGCUCCUUCGCGAUCCCUUCCUCUUCAUCUUGCUCUCGGAGAGUCGGAGAUUCCGAAGCAGGAGCAGAGGAGCUCGCGAAACCUGAAUGAUGCGAUCCCGCGAUCAUCCACUUGAGAUAAAUCAACGAUCGAUCACUCGGAGUCUCUCCCGAGCGAGGCGAGACAUCGAUAUUGGACGGGGUUCGAGAUCACGCAGCCCAACCGAGGAUUUAUAACGAUAGCCAUAUAAUUACGGAACUACAAAGCACCGCGCGCGCUUUCGCUGCAGCUCCGGAACGACGGAGAGACGGGACGAUUAAAACGCGGAGGAAUUCAAGACGCGCUCGGCCGAGUGACUCAUUGACAAAAGUCCGAAAAAUAAGGAGGCUGCGGGUGAAAAAAAGGAAUCGAUUCGAAAAUACCAGGAAAUUCUAUUAUAGCGAAGAUAUACGAGUUUUUGAGAGACGGCUCGGAGGGUGAGCGAGUUGACCCUGAACAAACGAAGCUGUUCCGAAGAAAGGUAUACACACGAGUGGAGGAACCGUAAAAAAUCGUAAAAGAGUGGACGCACUGUGGCACACACACACACACACACAGGAGGGGCGAUGAGGGAGAGGAGCCGAGACCCCUUAAGCUUUCGCGGUAGACGACUCGGCGUAAUCCGAGAAAAAAGUCGCCGACUGAAUUUUCGUUUUGCAACGUCUCGUAAAAGAAAAGAAAAGAAAAAAGUCAAAGAAAGGGAGGCAACGAAAAGCAGAAAGAACUCGUGGCUAUUUGAGAAUGAGCGUGAUCUUCGGGUUGGAAAAUUGCGAAAGUGCUCCGCAAGAAUUUGCGCUUGUUCAACUGCCCACGAGGCUUUCGCUCCCCAUAAUCAUUCGCAACGCUCGACUCGCCUGAACGCCGCUCCGCGGAGGGUUGAAACUCCCUUAUUAUCUCAUUUCUGUUCGAACUCUCUCGUUCUCUUAUAAUUGCGACACGUUGAUAUACAAAGGAGCGAUUGACGCGAAGGAUAAAUCGUUCGGGAGUGCAAAGCGGAGGCAAAGCGAAGAAACUUUGAAGCAACGUUUCCCCACAGGAUUUCGGUCACCCGGCGAUGAAACGAUCGGAAAUUCAAAGAUUAUAGAAAAAUCAUGAUGCACCGCUCGCAAUUCGUAAAUUUGAUCGAUCCUCCAAAGCGGUCUUUAUCUCGCUAAAUUUACGUUCUCGGUAAUGAUUGAAAAUGAUGGUGUAAAAUAAUUGAGAGAAAAAGAGGCGUUUGAGAAUGGAAAAAAGGUAUUUGGCGGAUCGUUGAUCGACUCCGCGGUAUCGCUGGCCGGAGUGGAAUUCUUUGAGGGAACGCCGUCCACACGCGUGGUCACGUGAAAAAAGUAAAAAUCACGAGGGAAAAACAAAAGCAUUGAAGUAUAAAUACCGGAGUGGCGGCUCUCGGGGCACGUAUAUAACUAGAGUAAGAAGCGCCCUUUCUAAAUAUAGCGCGGACAAAGUACGAGCACUCGCGAGGGCGGUCAGCGAGGCUCUCGAGUAUGUAAGUUACCGGGAGAGGUGGGCUCGGUGGAGUAAACAGUCCUAGUGAGUGGAUUUAACUCCUUUCGCGUGAGCGUGGGUGGUCCUCGGGACUCUCGAUGGGAGAUGCAUCGAUGCGUCCUACCGGUGCAUGUAAUCGAGACACGUGAAACGAGACCGUGAAAGAAACGAGUAUAAAUAAAAGGAGAUUGACGGGUUUCUCUCUCGCUCGCUCGCACUCGCUUUGGCUCUCAACGCCGCAUAUACGAGGUGUCCAAACACGGUUUGUCAAUACUCCGGAGCCUGCCAUCUGCGUUCCAAAUUCCAAGUAGAGAGGUCUGAUUGAAAUGUCGAAAAAUGUGGAUUUUUCGAGAACAAAUUUUUCCGGAUAAGGCAGAGCAAUUUUCCAGGUUGCUGAUCCAUUUAUUAUGAUUGCGGAGCGAGAGGAGGAAACUCGGUGCUGCGCGUGGACAGAUCGCGAGGAAUGUACACCUACAUCGGAGCAACUUAAACUCCGCAAAGGCAAAGCGUCCCGGCGCUGCAUUUCGAUCGCAAUGCAGUUCCCGCACUAGCGUGAUAGAACGUGACAUUGACGCAACGACCACCUGUCCACGAGCCACACGUUUUCUGCGUGUGCUUCUUUAUAUACGUACACGAGACGAUUUUAUACUCGGAGAAGCAAAAAGGCGUAAGGAACGUUUACUUUCUAUACGAAACCGUACGAGUUAUGGCGAAUCGUUUCAGACCUAACGAGUGUGAAUCAUCUCGGAGAAGAGAGGAAGGCUGACGGAACGUCGUCGUCGUUGACGACGACGAUGCUGGGCACGAAGAAGACGAAGAAGAAGAAGAAGAAGAGCGACCAGCGAAGAUGUACUGUGGCGCCCCCCUCUCCCAGCUGGUAUCGCUUGGGCAGAAGACUCUUAAGGGCGUCCACGAGGCUACGCGAGGCCAGUCCGAGAACGCGAAGCUCAACUCUAACAUCCGGUGUUCCGAACGGGGAAAACGGAAGUCGAUUUUACGAUCGAGAACACUCUGUCCAUUCACAUACGAUUAUUUUGUCUAUCUGUCUAUCGGAGAAUCGUCGCAGGAGAUUCGAAUCGACUUUGACAACAAAUUUACACACAUUCUUAUCGUCAUGAAGAUCUGCGUUCUUUUGCUCGCCGUUCUCGCCGCCUUUGCGUCAGGCCAGAGGAUAACGACGAUCCAGCUCGACGGAGUGCAGUACUUCAUUUCGCGAAUGAAUCCCUACAGCCCCGAGUUGAACUACUUCUUGGCGUAUCAAUAUUGCCGAUCGCUCGGACUCCAAUUGGCGUCCUUCGAAACUAAGGAAAAAGCUGACACGUUGACGCAAUAUCUGAGAAACGCGGGCUACACGAAAUACGAUUUUUGGACGUCCGGCAACCAUCUUGGCACGGAUAUGUUCCUCUGGAUGAGCACGGGAUUACCGUUCAAUGGCACUUUUGAUUACAUGCUGAGGAGGACUGGAAACAGGGCUGUCGAAGUUCCACCUGGCACGGAACCCCAGAGGGUAGCCCGCGAGAGCGCUGACAGCGGGAGCGCGGACGGCUGCGUCGCAAUGGUCGCGCCGAAUCUUGCGUGGGAAGCUCAAGAUUGCGGUCGCAUAAAGGAUUUCAUAUGCGAGCAGACGCGAUGCUAUUACUACAAUUACGGAAGCAUACCAGUAUCGGCGACACAGGGAAAUCGAAGGCCUUAUCUGACGACGACGACCUCACCGAACAAUGACAUAGACGAGGACCAUGUGACGAACAAGGAAGGCGAGAACAGAGGAGAAGCGGAGGAGCCGGUGGUGGAGGAGACAUCGAGUUUCGAGGAGAGUCACAGCGAUGCGAACGACCUCGAGGACGAGGAGACUGCGAGUACGGGAUCGUUGAAUAACGAGAGAAUACCGGAAGAUCCGAUAGUAGGAAGAUUGAUGAGCGGAGCUUCGAGCCUCGGUGGGGAAGUAACAUCGGUUAAAUCUUCAUCGAGUAUUGGCUCGAACGAAGAGGCUGAGAAGAAAAUAAAUCCGGAAGAGAGCGACGGGGAGGAAGAGGAGCGUAAAGUGAGCAUCGAAGUGGCUAAAUCGACACGUCCGGAUGACAUUCCUGACAUAACGAGUCUCUUUACCGACGGGCCAAUCGUGCCUCGAAAAGAAACCGUUUUCGACGGCCUCGAGACUCACGAAAUACGCUCCUCAUCGAGAUCAAACACUCGUGGCAAAUUGGAGCAUCGAGAAAUUCCGGAGGGCAGUUUAACCGAGGAAAAAAACGCCGACGAAUCGGUUGCCGGCGCAGGAUCAUCCGAGCAGGAAAGCCAUACGAUCGGACCUUACGACUCGGUACAAGAGGAUUACGUUAACGAUCAGCCGGACGAAGAUCCCACGAGUGAUACAGCCUCCGUCUCUUCUUCGUUAGGAAACGGAGCUACCGGUAUAUCUGGCAAUGAGAAAGAACAACAACAGCAGGACGAAGACUCGAGCACGUUUCUUCCCGAGGCCGAGCCUGACUACAGGUACAACAUGAAGUGGCGUUCAAUGGGCAAAGUAUUAGACCCUCCGUCCAAUUAAUCGAAUUAUAUAAUUCACGACAUUAUGUAAUUUCGUUAUUAAGUAUUAUUAUAUUGUAAUACCAGCAAUAUUGCGUCUCUUAUCGGCGGUUACGGUUACGAUACCAACCAAUUGUUUGGAGAAUACACACCUUCCGGAUUUUAAUGAUCUACUGCCGAGUCGAAUUGACAUCGCGGUGCGAAUGAGAAUGCGUGUAUGUGGAGAUUGUGCGUGUACGAUUAAGAACAUUUUUCUUUCGUGAUUAUUUCAAUAAGUUUACGAUGUCCUACGUUUUAUGAGUCAUCGUUUCCACGGUCCCCCCCUCAACGUUGUGCUUCUCUCACGAUGAAGUAAAGAAUGAGCGAAACGACGUAUCUCGUGUUCGUAAAUAACCGGAGGACCGGAGAACCGUUUCGAUCUUUGCAUCCCGUUGGAACUCCGUGAUUGUCAUUUAAUCCGCAAUUGUUUGAAUUUUUCAAGCGUGUUUUCGGGGGAUUUUGGUAUUUCGAUUCGACCGAAGUGCCGAAUUUCCAUGAGAAAGGGAUUUUGUAGUAUUUCGAGGAUGCAAAAAUCGAGGCUUCUCCGCAAGCCGAUUUCUUGGCCCAUUGGCUCAAUGCAGAAGCGAAGAAUACGCGCGCAAGACGAAAUGUUGCAUGGGCUGUUCGAAGGGAAGGAACACGCUGCGGAAUUCGCGAGCAACGUUUCUGUCAUCCACGCGCAUUCGAGCAUUAUUUGAAGAAUCUUUAUCUCGGGAGAGAAGAACGACGAAAAUGGUCAAAAUAAAUAAAUACGCGACGCUAAACUCUCUUAACGAUUAAGCAAACCAGCCCAACCAUAUUCUGUAUGUUUUUUUUUCUCUUAAGUACAUAAUGCUGUUUGAUUAAUCCUCGGUGUGAAUGGACACGAAUAAACAAAUCGUACGAUAGAUCAUCAAUAAAGUAGAUUUCACGAGAAA